UUUAGUUCAAAUAAAUGAAAUACAUAAGCCGCUGAUUGGUUGAAAGGAACAAAUGGGAUUAACGACUCUGUUAACGAAUCACGAAUAGCUUGUCCUGCGUACGUCACCGAAGUAUGGAGCUACUUACUACUUGUUGAAUGUUCGCUUAUGGUUGUCUUUGCUUAUGGUUCACUUUUCAGUUUGUUCCAUUCAGUAUUCAGUCUGAUUCAGUGUUGAAAGUGCUCCGCUGUGAUUUGUUGCUGACAGUCAAGUGUUUGUAAUAAUUAAAAAUUGCUGUUGUAUUUACGGCACAACCAAUCAUUAUGCCGAAUUAUCACAAAUUGGAGGCUAAAGCCGUGCAGGAACUAAAAGAUAUUGCCAACAAGAUCAGAAUCCACUCAAUAAUAUCCACACAAGCUGCUAAUUCCGGUCAUCCUACAUCAUGUUCAUCCAUCGGCGAAAUUCUAUCAGUAUUAUUCUUCCAUACCAUGCGCUAUAAAGUGUCAGCCCCUCGAGACCCUUCCAGCGAUAGAUUUGUCCUUUCAAAAGGUCAUGCUGCACCUGCUUUGUACGCUGCUUGGGCAGAAGCAGGAUUGUUUUCCAUAUCAGAUCUUCAGAACCUUAGGAAGUUUAAAUCUGAUCUCGAAGGCCACCCUACGCCUAGACUUAACUUUAUUGAUGUAGGCACUGGAUCUUUGGGGCAAGGUCUUGCUAUUGCCGGUGGCAUGGCAUAUGUUGGGAAGUACUUCGAUAAAGCCAGUUAUCGGGUAUAUUGUUUGAUUGGUGAUGGCGAAAGUGCAGAAGGUUCAAUUUGGGAAUCGGUUCAUUUCGCAUCUUAUUACAAACUUGAUAAUCUGUGCAUAAUUAUCGACGUAAACCGUCUUGGCCAAUCUCAAGAAACUUCCAUUGGUCACGAUGUGGAGAGUUACAGGAAAAAAAUGGAGGCUUUUGGUACUGAAGCUAUUAUUGUAGAUGGACAUGAUGUUGAAGAGUUAGUAAAGGCAUUUCAUAGUGCCUCAGCUACCAAGGGAAAACCAACCGCUAUCAUCGCUAAGACUUUGAAGGGGAAAAACUUUCCGAAGAUUGAGAAUUUGGAAAAUUGGCAUGGAAAGCCAUUAGGAGUCGAAUCCGACGUAGUAGUCAAUCAUUUGAAGGGGUUGCUGCAAAAUCCUGGACCUCUUCAAGUUCAUCCCCAAAAACCCCUUAAAGAGGAUGCGCCUACUGUUGACAUAACUAACAUUCGUCUCAGUUCACCACCGAACUAUAAGCUUGGAGAUCAAAUUGCCACUAGAGUUGCAUAUGGAACUGCAUUGGUCAAAAUUGCACAAAACAAUCCUAGAGUGAUCGCUUUGGACGGCGACAUGAAAAAUUCAACAUUCUCGGAAAAAUUGCUUCAGUACGAUCCCUCAAGAUAUAUUGAAUGCUUCAUUGCUGAACAAAACUUGGUCGGUACGGCUAUAGGAGCGGCAUGUAGAGACAGAACUGUACCGUUUGUCUCAACUUUUGCCUGUUUCCUCACUAGAGCCUUCGAUCAGAUUAGAAUGGGCGCAAUUUCACAAACAAAUGUGAACUUUGUCGGAUCCCAUUGUGGUGUAAGUAUCGGAGAAGAUGGUCCAAGUCAAAUGGGAUUAGAAGAUUUGGCGAUGUUCAGAGCAGUGAAUGGAAGUACCAUUUUCUAUCCAGCAGAUGCCGUUUCAACGGAAAGGGCAAUUGAACUAGCUGCUAAUACUAAGGGCAUCACUUUUACUAGGACCAAUAGACCUACCACCCCUGUAAUCUAUGCUAACAAUCACGUCUUUGCUGUGGGCAAAGCCAACGUGGUGCUGUCAUCACCUAAAGAUCAAGUAGUAUUGAUUGGGGCAGGAGUGACUCUUCAAGAAUCCCUAUCUGCCGCUAAAGAGCUUGCCCAAGCAGGUAUUGGUGCGAGAGUAAUUGAUCCGUUUACUGUUAAGCCUUUGGACAAGGAAACAAUAAUUAAAAACAUAAAGGAUGUCGGAGGCAGAGCAGUUGUGACCGAGGACCACUACUAUCAAGGUGGCUUAGGGGAAGCAGUGAUUGCUGCGCUUGCUAUGGAAAAAGAUAUUAUUGUCAAACAUCUUGCUGUCGGUGAAUUGCCUCGUUCCGGACCUCCAAACGCCCUUCUGCAAUAUUAUGGAAUAUCUGCGAAACAUAUUAGCUCCGCCGCACAAGAUAUUUUAAAGCUAUAAAUGUAUCUUUCCCACUUCUUUUGUGCUCUUUACCCAAGAAUUUCAUAUACCUGUGUACUGUCGACAUUCCAACUAUUUGUGUCUUGAAAAAAUAAAUAAUGUUUUUGCUUUAUUA